AUGCCGGCCAUUGUCGCAGAGGGACAACAACAGACCUCGCCACAUCCGCCAGAUCUCUCCAAGCGACUCCCCAAACUCACACCUCGCCGACGACGAGAUCCCGCCGACCAAACCAACGACACAUCUAACUCCAAGGAGCAGUCACAACCGCCUCCGCCGCCGACUCCUGCGCUCCCUCCACCGCCAUCCCUCAAAGAUCACAAGUUUAUCGUUCCCCGAAGACGGAUCCUCUCUCAAAACGACCAUGAAGUCUUCCUCGCGUCUCCCGCGUACGAUCUCAUCGUGGGCUUCGUUUUCACACUAUCAGACUCCGUGCGGGGAAUGACCGUCAGUCAAGCGAAGAAGUCGUCCGCCGCAGAAGACCCUACGAUUCAACUCCUCUUGACGAUCCUCGACGAGGCCGACGGCUGCCUCCAGCGCUGCCCCCCUCUCGAGACCGGCUCGCGCUUUGGCAACCCGGCAUUCAGGGACUUCCUCGCCGCCAUCGACAAUGCUCUACCGGCUUGGCAGCAACGACUCGGCGUACAGGAUGCCUCGGCGCGAGAGGAGAUUGCCGUGUACCUCUCCAACGCCUUUGGCAGCGGAUCACGGAUCGAUUAUGGCAGCGGUCACGAACUGAAUUUCGUCCUCUGGCUACUCUGUCUCCGACAACUCUCCAUCCUCUCGGACGCGAGCUUCCCGGCCAUAGCCCUCCUCGUCUUCCCUCGCUACCUCCAACUCAUGCGCUCGGUGCAGAGCACAUACUACCUCGAACCGGCGGGCUCCCACGGCGUCUGGGGCCUGGACGACUACCAAUUCCUGCCCUUCCUCUUCGGCGCCAGCCAGCUCGUCGACCACGCGCACCUCCGGCCCCUGAGCAUCCACAGCGCCCUCGUCCUGGAAGAGUGCGCGCCGGACUUCCUCUACCUCGACCAGGUCGGCUGGGUGAACGCGAGCAAGACCGUGCAGGGGCUCCGCUGGCACUCGCCCAUGCUGGACGACAUCUCGGCCGCGAAGUCCUGGUCCAAGGUCGAGGCCGGCAUGCGCCGCAUGUUCCUCGCCGAGGUCCUCAGGAAGCUGCCCGUCGCCCAACAUUUCCUCUUCGGGUCGCUCCUGCCGGCGGCCGAGGGCAUGAGCGUCGAGGGCGCGGCCGAGCGGGUCUCCGAGGAGGAUGUCGGCGAGGUCGAGGUCACGGUCGACGGCAUGAGGCAUAAGCAUGUGGCGAACAGCUGGGGCGACUGCUGCGGGAUCAAGGUGCCGAGUGCGGUGGGGGCCAGGAUCGAGGCGAGGAAGGCGGGUGCGGGGAGUGAAUUACGGCGAGUCCCCUUUGACUGA